ACACCUACUGAAAAAUGAGCGGCAGAGGCAAAACCGGUGGCAAGGCCAGAGCAAAGGCCAAGACUCGUUCUUCCAGGGCUGGACUUCAGUUCCCCGUGGGCCGUGUCCACAGGCUGUUGCGUAAAGGCAACUAUGCUCAGCGUGUCGGCGCUGGUGCACCAGUCUACUUGGCUGCUGUGCUCGAGUACCUGACUGCUGAGAUCCUGGAGUUGGCCGGCAACGCUGCCCGUGACAACAAGAAGACCCGUAUCAUUCCCCGCCAUCUGCAGCUGGCUGUGCGUAACGACGAGGAGUUGAACAAGCUGCUCGGCGGAGUGACCAUCGCUCAGGGUGGUGUACUGCCUAACAUCCAGGCUGUGCUGCUGCCCAAGAAGACUGAGAAGUCCAAGUAAACCUGCUCUCUCCAAGUCUCCUAAACAAAGGCUCUUUUAAGAGCCACCCAAAAACCAAUGAAAAAAAAACAUUCCAAGUUGCCUUCGCCAUUGACGUGUUUUCUGCAAAGUCAAUAUUUAUUCACAUACGUAGGCAAUGUACAAAGCCGUCGAGUAAACCGUGCCUUCCGGCCAAUAUCUGAUCACUCUUACCCCAGAAAAUCAACCACUAACUGUGUCUGAUGAGACAUAAGUCUUGUUGAAGAAUGUAAACCGUUCUUUCAUUUAUCACUCCGGACUGUUAGUUAAUCAUGAAAGGCUGCGAGAUGUUCCUGGGGCCUCGUAGUUCAAGGUGAUGACGCAGUCUUGUAAUUGGAUCAUUUAAAUUCUAUAUAAAAAUAUGGUAUUAGUGGUAGCUUGGGGUUUCCUGUUUAUAAACAAGCAACUAUUUGUAGGCUUUAACGUAGUGAAUACAAGCCAUCGUAGGUCAUAAUUUGUG